UAUUCUGCUUCCUUAUCACCGAUCUGACGUGAUACGUACAGCUCUACAAACUGUAAGUAUCUGAUUCUCAGUGGCAUUGGCUUUAAGUUUUUUAUUUUUAUUUUUAUUUGCACUAGUCUCUACAGCUUAUUGUAGUUUGGUGUAUUAACAGUUUACAAAUGUUUGGGUUUUGAUUGCAGGUCAUCCUGACUUUGCUGCAGCCUUUGCGAGUACAUGCUAUUAAACAGCAGAAGAUCUACCGGGUGAAAAUGAAUUGUGCACGAGUUCUUAAUGCCUUCAGUCACCCUCAGCCUAUAACCUCAGCUGAACUGGCCAAGUAUCUGACCCGAAAUAAGAGCCAGUAUCUUUGCCAACUACUGAACAUGUAUCCUCUGAAAUCCACGCAGCAUUAUGAACUGCCAGUUUGCUCUCCAGAGAGGAUCAGUCCUCAGUCCACGAGACUCACUUCCUCGCCAUCGCCAACCUUGACUCAAGGCCCUCCAAAUCUGCGAAGCUGUUUCCGCAAAAGCAGCACUGGCGGGAAYAAGAAACGUGUGGUGUUUGCUGACGACAGGGGACUCGAACUCACUGCAGUGCGUCUGUUCACCCCUGAGACCCUUUCCUCCUCGUUUGACCAGGUAAAGGGACCUCCUCUCGUUUGCCUCAAAGACCAGCAGUUGAGUCCAAACAACCUCAGGCGCAACAACUUGCCGCUUUUUUUUUCUCAGCCCACACAAGACUUGACACGUCCUCGAGACAGGAGGCAAGGGCAGAGUUACAACAUUUCAAAGACCACCCCUGGUGGCUUACCUGGCAUUGCACCUCUCUAUGAUAACAACAAAGGACCGAAUUACAAAGUGUGCAUGGAAAAAGAUGGAUCGAAUAAUGACCAAGGCAGCAACAACCGUUUUUACUCCACGCUUUCCAAGUAUCGGCCAUUUUCAURCCAACAGGCACCCGCCUGUUCAAAAGAGACUGAUGAGCCACAGUAUUUUAGGUCGUCCUUGUACAACAGGUACAGACCAGAGCUGUCUCCAAGUGCAUAGACCAAGACU